AUGGCUUCCAACAUGGAGCACAUCUCCAAGAGUUCCAGCGACUUCGCUGCGGAAAAGAACAACGAUGCCACCCAAGUCGUGCAUGAAGACAUUCUUCCCUCUGCAGAAGGUCUGGCAGAAGCCAUGGCCAUGGCAAAGCCCUCGCCGUGGAGCAAGCCCCUUCUCAAACUGUAUGGAUUCUGUGCCGUCGCUUUCUUGUGUUCCACCAUGAACGGUUACGAUGGUUCAAUUUUCGGCUCUCUUCCCGCGUUGGAAUCCUUCAGGGACCGCUUCGAGGUCGGCAAGACUGGUCCUAAGCUCGGCUACAUCUCUGCCAUGUACACGGUCGGCACUAUUGUGUCACUUCCAGUAACUGGUCCAGCUUGCGACUUCAAGGGCCGCCGUAUGGGUGCCUUUAUAGGAAGUAUCAUUGUUAUCGCCAGUACAAUUCUGUCGGGAUUGGCUACCAAUACGGAGCAAUUUGUCGCUGGCCGAUUCUUCCUCGGCUUUGGAGUCAGCAUUGUUCGCUGCGCAAGCUCUAUCUGGGUCGCUGAGAUUUCCCCUCCGUCAUACCGCGGAGUAUUGACGGCUUUUUACAACUGCACAUAUGCUGUUGGCGCGUUGAUGGCUGCUGGUGUUACCCGAGGCUCCGUUCAGUUUGCGGGAGAUACUGCUUGGAGAGUUCCAGUCUGGUGUCAGCUAAUUUGCCCUGCUAUUGUAGCCGCGCUCAUCAUGUUCUUCCCAGAGUCACCGCGAUGGCUGUUCGCCAACAAGAAAGAGGAAGCAGCUGUUGAGUUUCUAACCACAUAUCAUGGCGAUGGCAACCCAAACCACCCCCUUGUCCGACUGCAGAUCGACGAAUACCGCCAGGUCAUCUCUCUCAACGGCUCCGAUAAGAAGUGGUGGGACUACAGUGAUCUAUACAAGACCCGAGCGGCUCGAUGGCGCGUGGUAAAUGCCUUGAUCCCCUCGGUUUGGGGCCAGUGUUCUGGAAACGCGGUAGUCAGUUACUAUCUGCCAGCCAUGCUUGCGACUACGGGCAUGACGAAGUCUGAUCAAAUUUUGAACAUCAACUUGGGCUACACGGCCAUUUCAGCCGUCGCCUCAUAUGUCGGAGCCAGUCUUAUUGAGAAAAUGGGCCGACGACCAACCAGUAUCUGGACUUCUGUCGCAUGCUCAAUCUGCUUUGCCGGCAUCACUGGCGGAGCUGGUGCAUUUGCUUCUACAAAAUCGAGCAGCGCUGCUUCUGCGGGAGUAGCAUUCAUCUUCAUCUUUGGCUGGUGCUACAACUUUGGCAUGACUCCCUUGCAGGCGUUGUAUCCGGUGGAAUGCUUAUCUUAUGAACAGCGUGGCAAGGGCCUCGCAUUCGUCUUUGCCUUUGUUCACUGCUUAGCGUUCGUCAAUCAGUUUUGCUUUCCGAUUGCUCUGCAGAAGAUUGGAUGGUACACUUAUAUCAUCUUCAUUGGCUGGGACUUGAUCCAAGCUACCAUCAGUUAUCUGUUUUCAGUGGAAACAAAGGCACGCUCUCUGGAGGAAAUGUCUGAGAUCUUUGAGGCCAGAAACCCUGUUAAAGCAUCGCUCAGGACACCAAAGACUGGUAACAGCAGUGGUUGA